AUGCAGUUGCGUCUGGAGAAAUCUGAAAACGUCCACUUCCCAUCUAGAAUCCGCAUAAAAUUCGACAGUGUUCAUCUGCUUGAAGGGAUGCAGCUGAAGAGUGGAGCAUGGAGAACAACGGGAACUGAGACUAGGGCUGAGAACGAGCUCAUGCAACGACAACUGCAAACCGCCGAAUCCACACUGUCGCAGCUAAAUCAGGAAAUCGUCGAAACAGCAGCCGAACGUGAGAAACUGCGUGCCGAACGCGACGAGUCGGUAAUGUCGCUGAUCGACGCGCGGAAGAAGUUCGCUCAAUUCCAAACCGAGUUUGGUCGCGUAAAGGAAGAAAGAAAACAGACAGAGAAGCAGUUGCAACGAGUCUGCGAGGAACAGAAAUCCCUCCGAGUGACAGUUGACGAGCUCAGAGAAGAAAAGGCAAAUGCAGAGACGCAGAGUGCGAAUAGUGAGCGAGCACGACGAAACGCAGAAGCGGAGAGGAAUUCGUUGAAGGCACGAAUCGAAGCUUUGGAUGCAGAAUGUGAGGAGCUGAGGGAACGCUCGAGAUGUUCUGACGAUGCGGCUCGAAGACUGGCCUCCGGCGAACGUCGUCUGGCUGAGCAACAGACGCGGAUCGGCGAUUUGGAAGCCGAAAAUCGCACGCUUCAGCAGCAGAUGGAGCUCGAGUCGCAGAAAACUCAACGACUCCGAGAAGACCUUAUUACGGAAAAAUCAAAAGCGGCAGAGCUGGUGGGCAGGUUGCGAAGCGUUUGCGCAGCGAUUGCUCUGAACGGUGGCAAAAUCGAUGUGAACAUGGAUGAUCACCAGUUGAUCGAUUCAAUCGAUGACGUCAUCAUGGGAGCAUUGAGUGCCGCUAAACGUGAAGCAGACGCGUUGCGGUUGCAACAACACACGCAAAUUGCCGAGUUGAACGAUUUGAAGAGCGACAUCGAGAAAUUGAGGAGAAGCGAAAGUGUCUCGCUGAACGAAAGCGACGAUCGUGUCCGUGAGCUGUCCAAAGAGAACGUGUUCCUUGCACAGGAGAAGGUUCGAGAGCUUCAAAUUGAAGUUGCCGCUAAGAACAGUGAAAUCGCCUCGGCCAAGCGUGGAAUCGAGGAGCUCAGCCGAAACUCGACCACCGCAUCUGCAUCCAACACCGAAUUAGCGCGAUUGCAGGUGUCCUGCGGAAUCUUGCAAUUACAGGAAGAACUGCUUCGCGAGGAUAACGCCCAAUUACGAGUGCAAAUCGAUUUGGCGGAGAAAUCACGACUAAUCGCCAAAAAAGACGCUGAUUCACUGGCGGCGAUGCACCAGGCACUUCUGACCGAUCACGAUCGUCUCCAGAAUCUGCACGACCUGCUCACCCAGGACUACGAACGGGCUCGUCUCGAAAACGUCGACAUGAAAUCGAAGCUCAAGUCGCAGCGGCCGAUCGCUGUCAGUCAUUCACGUGAGUUGGACGAGAUGCGAACGGCUCUCGAGCAUGAGCGAACCGAGAGAGAUCGUCAGCUAAGAGCGUAUGCUGAUCUUCACAACGAGCAAGGGGCUCUGAAGAGAGAGCUGGAUCAGAUCAGGUUAGGUGCAUUAAUCUCAGACUUCACCCCACAAGUCGCUUAUCGUUGGUGCUUUAGGAAGGAAAACGAUUGCCUGUCAAGAAACUGCGAUGGUCUUGGUUCGGAAGUGAGAAAGUUGAAACUUGCCGAGCAAGCUCAACGAGCCACCGUCGAAGACCUGAUGUCGACGGUCGAGGAGCAGACGAAGAGCAUUCAAGCGAAGGAGCUCGAAAUUGCAAAGCUUCACAACGCCAUCGAGCUGCUGACCAAAGUGAAUCGGGUCUACGAGGAAGAGAGCAAAAAUCUAGGACGCCAGGUGGAAACGUUAUUGCACUACAAUCGAGAACUUCAAGAAAAAGCCCUCACUGAGAAGAACGUGGCGCAUCUCGAGCAGAAGCAAUUCCAGGACCGCCUGAACGCUCUCCAACGUCACAAAGAGAAACUGGAAGAGAAAAUUAUGGAUCAAUAUCGAUCGAUGGAAAGUAAGAAAUUGGCUGAGCGACAGAAACAACCCCUGGUGAAACGCGCAGCAAAGGCUUUGAUCAACAGGCGUCGUCCGUCGGUGCCAAGCGGUGGUUCGACAACCGAAGACAGCAGUGUGUACAGCGCCGAUGAAGGAUCGCCGCCACUCGUAAACGGUAAAUCCCUGCACAAAAACCGUGCCGCACCUGCAGACACCACUGCACAAAUCACUCAGACCUCACCAGCCAACACGGCUGCACCACCAGCACCAAAGGUCCUGGCACGCAGCGCCAUGUACGGUAAGGCGUCGCUGCGAUUGCCGUUGUCGUUUAAGAAACGCGCCACGUUUCGAAUUGACGAUUUCGAUCCGUUCCCACCAACGUGCUCCUCGUCUGAAGACCACGAUCGCAUCACUCCUCCUCAUGAAACGACCUGCACCCCGCAAGAAUCGAUCAACAAUGACUUCGUUCGUUUCCGUGGUGACGCCGUCGGCGGUUCACUGAGGGACUACUCACCUCGCAGGACCCUCGCACUCGAUCGCAUUUCCUGCAGUGGUGCGUACACCUUCGUUCAGACAACCGCUCCCCUUGAGGAUAAUGAAACACUUUUUUGUGUAGGUCCAGAAAGGUCAGCUGAUAGUCCGAUGAUUUCGGCUCUGCCACCACGAGCUCCCAUUCGAAACAGCGCUGCCACCGCUUCGUUGCGUACUCGCCCACCUCCACCGCCGUACUUCUCAAAUGGAAAGCAGAAACCGCCACCGUAUCCUGGUCGGACGUCAUCGACUGCCUCCUCCUGCUCCACCCCAUUACCUUCAUCAUUCGUGCCACAGUCUGCUUCAACACCCAAGAGCGACAAAGGGUCACCGGUUAAAGAGAUUGGGAAACCGUUGGACCUCGUCGUAGGUGAAGGCGAGCGCAGAACAUUCGUCAGGGAAAAGGAAGAACGUCUCGAUAAGGCGAUGAGCAUCUAUGAGAACGUGCAACAAGCCGAAGUACGAGCUAACGAGAGCACCGUGUGGUACGAAUACGGUUGCGUAUAG